UUCGUAAAAGAUAACAACGACUACAAUAGCAAUCAAAAUCAACGAAUUAGAAAAAAAUUAAUCAACGAAAGCCAUCGACUCAUCAAAAACAACAAACAAACAAACAAAAUGGCUAAUCCACGAAAAUUUAGCGAAAAGAUUGCUCUACACAAUCAAAAACAAGCGGAAGAGACGGCAGCAUUCGAGGAAAUUAUGAGAGAAGUAAUGGGCGCCACUAGAAAUAGGACAUCAUCAUAUAAUAAUCAACCGGUACAACCUCUACCACCAAUUCAAUCACAAAAUCAUCUGCAUAUAACAUCUACAUUUAAUCCGGCCAAUCGUGCUGGUUCAUUGCCGAAUGUUAAUCAUAUUGAACAACAACAACAACAACAACCUACGGAUUCAAUUUCCAAUAAUAAUAAUAAUAAUAAUAAUAACAAUAAUAACAAUCAAAGCUCAAAUGGCACUAAUGUGACAACCACAUGUAUUGAUUUACAAAGUGCCUUGAAUAAUUUACAGGAGAUUAAAAAUGAUAAUAUCAUCAAUAAUAAUGAUCUAACAUCAUCAACAUGUUCACGAAGAAAUACACUUAAUAAUUCGGUAACAGGAACAGCGUCAACGAUUGGAAAUCAUCAAACAACAAAUGCAGGUGGCCAAAUGGCAAUCAGUUCUGGACAUCGUCAUCAUAGUAGCCAUAAUAUCUCAUCAAUGUCAUGUGGUGUAAUGAGCGGUGGCAAUAGAUCACCAACAUCACAAACAUCAUCAUCAUCAGGAUAUAAUGAACAACAAACCAUGCGUUUUAUGCAUGCACAUCGUCGAUCUCAAUCGCCUUAUUCAAUGAAUAAUAAUGCAUAUCUAAGUCCACCAGAUGCCGAAACACAAUGGCGUCGUACGAAUUCCGAUUCAGCAUUACACCAAAGUAGUAAUAAUUCAGCAUCAUUAAUGACAAAUCAUCAUCUUCAUCAUCAUCAGCAACAACAAACAUCACCGAUCGAUGUAAUUGGUGGUUUUAAUCAGAUAUUACAUCAUUAUAAUCAACAACAACAUUCACCAACAACAAAUAAUUCAUCACCUCAAGAUUCCUGCAAUAAUUCACCGGGUCAAACACCGGGAACUACAAUUAGUAGCGGAUCAGCAGCAAUGGUAAUCGAUGGUGCAACAAUAUUAUAUUCUAAUUCAAGCAGUGAUAAUCAACAAAUGAUGAAUUGGAAUAUUGUUCGCACAAUGAAUAAUGAUAAUAAUGGUAAUAAUGAUACUGAUGAUAAAUUUUUACUCAGUGCAUCGUUACCAGAUGCCCAUCUAAGACCACGUUCAUGUGAAGUACCGGGUAUAAAUAUUUAUCCCAGUCAAGAAGAUGGUACUAUGACCAAUAAUAAUAAUAAUCAAAAUGAUACGAAUCAAAUACAUCAUAUAACAAUAUCAUCCAAUACCGGUUCAUUACCGGAUCUAACUAAUUUAAAUUUUCCUGUGCCAUUAAAUGUACCAAUAGAUGGUACAACUGAUGAACAACAACAACAAAAUCUUAUGAAACAUAUAUCGAAUAAUGUGAAUACAAAUUCAUCUUAUUCAAAUGGACCGGAUUCACCUUAUUCACCAACAUCAUCUCACAAUUCCAACCUUUCACCACCGCCACCGUGCACAAUGAUGCAACAACAAACACAAUCACGAAAAAAUCAAUCACCAAAUCGUCGGCAACAAUCACCAGGACCAUCACCAUCACCAACAGCACAACGUCGUCGUGCACAUCAUAAUGCCAAUACAAUGGUCAUGGGUAAUCCACGACAACAACAAGCUCAACAAACGCAACAACAGCAGCAAGGUAUAAUGAUGGUUACAAACGAAUGUUGUGGUGAUGAUAAUCGUUUACCUCCAUUAUCACCUUAUAAUCAUCAUCAAUAUUCACCAAAUUCUCCUCAUCAACAUCACCAACAACAAUCGAAUAAUUUAACUAAUGUAAAUUUAAUAAAUGGCCAUUCGACAUCACCUUCAUCUUUCCAUCACCAACAAAUGAAUAAUCAUUUUCAGUUCGGAAAUCAUGCAACCAGUACGCCCAUUACAAUGACUUGUCCCAAUAUGGCAACGAUGGGGGCACAUCGCAGCACAACUCCAAGUGAUUCGUGUUCUGCACCAACAUCGCCCGCAUCUCAGAAUAUAUCACCAUCAAAUUCACCCGAAUUAGCUAUCAAUAAUGUUGGUGGUGGAGGUAAUAAUCAACCGAAUGGUCUAUCAAAUGCAUCGACUUCGACAAAUCAACAUUUUAAUCAAUCAUAUAGUUCUCCAUCGUAUCAAAAUCAACAGCAAGCUAAUUUAUUACAACAUCAAUUGGAACAAUUUCGUAUGACAAAUGAUACGGAACCCGGUGGCUAUGUGAUGGCUUGUACGGCCGAUAUGAUUCAACAGCAGCAGCAGCAGCAACAACAACAACAACAGCAACAUGGAAAUAAUGGCCAAAAUUCCAAUGUAUUUUAUCUUGAUUCAAUCACAUUAAAUCAAUUUAAUGAUAAUACAUCGACAAUUGUAAUGUCAUCAUCACCACAGCAUCAAUCACAGCAACAACAAUUUAAUUCACAACCACCUUCAACACAACAAGAUCACCAACAAGGAUCACCAUUUGGUCAAAAUGAUGGUCUUUUUUAUGAUUCAAGUCAAUCAUUAACAUUGAAUACAAUGCCAACAGAAUCAUUUCUAAAAACUGAUCUGCCUGGACUUUAUCAACAGCAUCAAACACAAAAUAAUGGGCAACAACAUUUGUCAAAUUCAAGUCAUUGUACAACGCCUCAAACACCAUCAAGUAUACCGGAUAUUAUUUUAACUGGUCCGAACAAUCUGGAUGAAACAUUACAAACAUCGAAUGAUUUAAUCAAAGAUCUCAAUAAUAUGAGCUCAUUCGAUACUGAUAUAUUUGGUUGUCAUAAUGAUGAUAUACGUGGAACAGUUGGAACAUUCGAUUCAUUCGAUCUAGAUAGUCUACAAAUGUUGAAUGACAUUGAAACAAAUCAUCAAUGAUGAAAAAUAUUUUUUGUUUUGUUUUGACUUUGUUAUUGUUCACCGGAUUCAAUAUAAAUUUCAUUUGUUCCAAUAUUAUUUUUGAAACGGGAAUUAUCUUGGCACAGAAAAAAAAUUUAUUAUAAACCCAUUACCUAUUACAAAGUCCAAUCCUUAAAAACCUUAUGUGUUCUUGUGUGUGUGUGUGUGUUUGUACCAAAGUUUCAUUCUUCUUCACUUAAAUUAUUUAUUAUUUCAACUUUUUUUUUAAAUAUCAAUUUUUCAUCAUCAUUAAG